AACAAAAGCUGACUCUGCACGUGUUCUUGUCCUAACACUAAAACGAUCGUGGUUCGGUUCUUCUCUUCCGUUGCUGGAAACCUUUAUGAUUAAGCUUUGAUUGGUCAACCUGUAUGUUCUGCUUCCAUGGCCAGUGAAAGCAGAAUCGGAUCCGAUGGUUUGUUUAACACCGCGGAGGUAACCACAAGCGGCAGACCGGUGCUCCGCCGCAACGAAGUCGAGUGUUUCCUCCUCUCCUCCGUCGACCUAGACUCCGAAGACGAUCCUCCUCGAUUCACCCCCCUGAGAUCCGGAAACCUAAUCUUAACCACUCAUCGUCUCAUAUGGAUCCCUUCUUCUCAGUCAAACGCAAACACAUCAUCUCUUCCUUCUUCCCUCCCUCUCUCCUCCAUCACUCACAUCUUCUCCCACAAGAAGUCAAUCAAGUCCAUGUUCCACUCCCCUCGGAUCCGGUUCCAAGUGGACUCCCUCGUCGUCGUGACCGUCGUCUUCAGAGGGAAAGGGGAUUUCGACGGGUUCUUGACGAAGCUCUGGGAGUGUUGGAGAGGGAGAGCUUGGGAGGAAGAUGAGAAGAGCGAGAGUGAGGCUUCUUCGGGGUCAGGAGCUGGAACUGUUGCGCAGGGUUUAUACGGCAACGAUGGAACGGUGAGGAUGGUGGGAUUGGCUGGGAUACUGAGGAAAGAGCAGGAGCAGUGGGAGAGUACUGAUAAGAGCUUGCAGGAUGCUUUUCAGGAUUUGAAUGCUCUUAUGAGUAAGGCUAAGGAGAUGGUGAGUUUGGCGGAGAAGAUGCGGCAGAAGCUAUUGUCUGCUCCUAGUAGUCAGAACGGAGGAGGUGAUGAUGAGGAGAUGGGGUCUAAAGAAGAGAUGCAACAAUGGAUGUUGAGCGUUGGUAUUAUCUCUCCAGUUACUAAGGAAUCUGCUGGCGCCUUGUAUCAUCAAGAGUUGUCUCGCCAGUUGGCAGAUUUUGUGAGAAUCCCAUUAGAACAAGCUGGAGGAAUGAUCAGCCUUACUGAUAUGUAUUACCACUUCAAUCGUGCUAGGGGAACAGAGUUGAUUUCUCCAGACGAUUUGUGGCAAGCUUGUAACCUCUGGGAGAAAUUUGAUGUUCCAGUAAUGCUGCGGAAGUUUGAUAGCGGUGUGAAGGUCAUCCAGAACAAGUCCCAUAGUGACGAGGAGGUUAUGAGUAGAAUCAGAACGCUUGUGACUAAAACCGAAACUUUAAGAACUGGAGUCACUGCUAGUGAUGCAGCUUUGACGCUUAAAAUCGCUCCAGCCAUGGCCAAGGAACAUCUACUAUCUGCAGAGACCAAAGGUCUGCUGUGUAGAGACAUGAGCCCAGACGGGCUUAGAUUCUACUUCAACCUGUUUCCAGAGAUUGAUCCAACCGAUCUCCAUUUGGUCAAGGACAUUGGGACAUACGGUGAAUGGGUCAAAGCGACUAGCUUAUUGUCCGUAUGACAGUUUUUGAUGUGUACACGACAAAAAAACACAACUCAUCUUAUGCAUUUUGAACCAAAAAUGCUAAUAACUUUUAUAUUUGUAACAAAGUUCCUCUUUAAAUCAAUUGUUUUCCAAAUCAAAUAUUGUGUUUUAAAUAAUUUGGAAUUUGCUA